UCCCUCCGGGACUCGCUUCCCAGGGCUGGCUGCCGGCAGAUUGUCUCACGCUGAACGGACCCCAGUGUCUUGAAAAUGACUUCCAAGCCUCUGGCUGUGUCUCUGGCACUCGCCACGUUAACUCUCUCAACGACAUUUUCUCUCCAGCCGGCCCAGCAGAAGGUUCUCCUCGUUUCAUUUGAUGGAUUCCGUUGGGAUUACUUAUAUAAAGUUCCAACACCCCAUUUUCAUUAUGUGAUGAAGUCUGGUGUUCACGUGAAGCAAGUCAGUAAUAUUUUUAUUACCAAGACCUACCCUAACCAUUACACGUUGGUCACGGGCCUCUUUGCAGAGAGUCACGGGAUCGUUGCCAAUGACAUGUUCGACCCUGUUCUGAACAAAUCCUUCUCCCUGGAUCACAUGAAUGUUUAUGAUUCUGACUUUUGGGAAGAAGCAACUCCGAUCUGGAUCACAAACCAGAGGGCGGGGCAUGCGACCGGCUCGGCCAUGUGGCCCGGAGCGGAUGUGAAAAUACACGAGAGCUUCGCCACGCACCACAUGCCUUACAACGAGUCUGUUUCCUUCGAAGAGAGAGUCGCCAAGAUCAUCGAGUGGUUCACCGCGGAAAAGCCCAUCAACCUGGGGCUUCUCUACUGGGAGGACCCGGACGACAUGGGCCACCAGUUGGGCCCUGACAGCCCGCUCAUGGGACCUGUCAUUGCAGAUAUUGACAACAAGUUAGGGUAUCUCAUCCAAAUGCUGAAGAAGGCAGAGCUGUGGAACGUCGUGAACCUGAUCGUGACGAGCGAUCACGGGAUGACCCAGUGUUCUGAGGAUCGGGUCAUAGAACUUGACCAGUACCUGGAUAAAGACCACUACACCCUCAUUGACCAGUCUCCGGUAGCCGCCAUCUUGCCAAAAGAAGGUAAAUCCGAUGAGGUCUAUGAAGCGCUAGCUGCUGCUCAUCCUAAUCUCACGGUGUACAAAAAAGAGGAGAUCCCCGAGAGGUGGCGCUACAAGCACAGCGAGCGCGUCCAGCCCAUCAUAGCCGUCGCCGACGAAGGGUGGUAUAUUUUACAGAAUAAGUCAGAUGACUUUCUGUUAGGCAACCAUGGUUACGAUAAUGCAUUAGCAGAAAUGCAUCCAAUAUUUUUAGCCCACGGUCCUGCCUUCAGAAAGAAUUUCACAAAAGAAGCCAUGAACUCCACAGAUCUGUACCCCCUGCUGUGCCACCUCCUCCAUCUCACCGCCCUGCCACACAAUGGAUCAUUCAGGAAUGUCCAGGAUCUGCUCAGGUCCGCAGCUCCCAAAGCCAUUCCUCACACACAGAGCACCACCCCCCUCCUCGGCCCUGACAGGCCGGGGGAACCCGAGCACGAGGAGUCCUACCCUUAUUUCGUAGGGGUCUCUCUUGGCAUCCUGAUAGUGAUUGUGUUUUUUGUGAUUUUCAUUAAGCAUUUCAUUCCCAGUCAAGUACCUGCCUUGCAAGAUAUGCAGGCUGAGAUUGCUCAACCAUUAUUACAAGCUUAACGCUUUUUUUCUUUCUUUCCUUUUUUGAGAUGGAAUUGCAUAUAGAUGAUUCAAGUGGAGAUUGCAUACAUGGGUUGAUGUUUGCAGUUUCAAAUUCCAGGAGAGGAGUUUCAGACACUGGCUGAGGCUGUCAAGCAGAGAAUUCACACCUAGCCAGGCACACACGUACACAGAAAGAACCACACACUCCUACCUGCACGCCAGUACUUUCCCACUGUUCUCUAGCUUAGCGGGGUAAAUAAGCUCCUACUUAAUUUGGCCUUGGCACACAUCGUGUAUAUAAAAUAGCUCCUUUGCACUAUUUAAAUUACUGAAUAUAUUGCACUUUAAAUUACUCUUCUAGUGGGUACUUCUCUUUGAAAAGCACUUUAUUAGACAAGUUAUGUCUUACAACUUGGUUAAAAAUGAUAACCUCUUUCACUCCUGUCACAGAAAACUUGUAUUCCAUACUUACAAUUAACUGAAAGAAAAAACUUUUAAAUAACUUCUGAAUAAUGUAGGCCUCUAUCUUCACAAGCUGGGAGAACAAGAAAGUUGAAAAGUGUUCGCCAAUUCAGGGUGGCACUCUUGGUGUGCUGAUGUCUCAAAGAGAUGUCACCAGCGGUCGGCUGAAUCUGUGGGCAUUUCUCAUUAUGUUUCUUUCCAAAAGACAAAGGACAAUAGGCUUUGACUUUUUUAUUUCCCCCCUCAAAGAGGUUCAAAUCCUGACCGAUUCAUUCCAAGCAUACUGUCUUAAAUUAUUGCUGUUUGCUGAUUAGUCAUGUGACUGAUUUUUAUGAGAAACACUGUAAACCUAGGCUUCUCUCCUGUGUACUUACAGCCUGAGAAGCAGAGAGCAGGCACGGCCAUCUCUGCAGUGCUUUGUAAUUAUUUGCUGCUGUGGAAACUAAAUCGCUCUUAAUGACAUUAAAAAUCAAGUGAGAUCAAAA